GUAAUUUUAGCGCGGAAAAAGGCAGACAGAACCGUUAGCGACGGAUUUUGUGCAAUGAAUCGUCGCCGAGCAUUAAAUUUCUUCUUCUUUUCGCCGUCUUGCAAUGCUGCUGAAAUCGGCAUUGUAACAUCUUGAAUCCAGCUAUCGCGGUUGCCUCUGCCUGUUUUCCUGAGAAUUGUAGUGGAGAUCCGGUUUGAUUUGGAGGAAGGUCUGAGAUGGGUAUCAUAAGCACUAUAAUGGGUUUUUUUGGUUUUGGGUUUGGGAUCACAAUUGGGAUUCUGGCUGGCUACUUCAUGUUCAUCUACGUCCAAUCUUCCGAUGUCAAGGACCCUGAUAUACGUCCCAUGGCAGAACAAGAGUAUGAGGGUCUUCAAAGACUGCUCCCAGAGAUACCGCUUUGGGUGAAAAAUCCAGAUUUUGAUCGUCUCGAUUGGCUUAACAGAUUUAUUGAAACCAUGUGGCCUUACUUGGACAAGGCAAUAUGCAAGACAGUAAAGCAAAUAGCAGAUCCUAUAAUAGCCGAGCAAAUUCCGAAGUUCAAAAUUGAUGCAAUUGAAUUUGAAGAACUUACACUGGGCAGCCUGCCACCUACUUUUCAAGGAAUGAAGGUCUAUUCUACUGAUGAUAAGGAAUUGAUAAUGGAACUAUCCUUAAAGUGGGCAGCUAAUCCCAACAUCCUUGUUGCGGUCAAAGCAUUUGGGCUGAAAGCCACUGCUCAGGUGCUUGAUCUGCAAGUGUUUGCUUUGCCACGUAUUACACUGAAGCCACUGGUUCCAAGCUUUCCCUGUUUUGCAAAAAUACUCGUAUCUCUCAUGGAGAAGCCUCACGUUGACUUUGGGCUAAAAUUGCUAGGAGCUGAUCUUAUGUCUAUUCCCGGCCUUUACUUAUUUGUUCAGGAUAUUAUUAAAGAACAGGUUGCUAACAUGUAUCUGUGGCCAAAAACACUCGAGGUCCAAAUAAUGGAUCCUGCACAAGCAAUGCAGAGGCCUAUUGGAAUUCUUCACGUGAAAGUCGUGAAGGCAAUGAAACUUAAGAAGAAAGAUCUUUUGGGGGCUUCAGACCCUUAUGUCAAACUAAAACUUACGGGGGACAAACUCCCAUCAAAGAAAACAACUGUAAAGCACAAAAACUUGAACCCCGAGUGGAAUGAGGAAUUCACUCUUGUUGUUAAGGACCCGCAAUCUCAAUCUUUAGAUAUUUCUGUCUUUGACUGGGAGCAGGUUGGUUCACAUGACAAGAUGGGCAUAAAUAUAGUCCAUUUGAAAGACCUUACUCCUGAAGAACCUAAGCUUUUGAUGCUUGAUCUUCUGAAAAACCUUGAUCCAGAUGACCGUCAAAAUGAAAAAUCACGCGGGCAGCUAGUUCUUGAAGUGAUGUACAAAGCUUUUUCAGAUGACCAAAUGCCAUCCUAUGUUGAGGAGUCAUCAAAAGAAGUACAGACAGCUCCUGAAGGAACGCCCGAAGGUGGUGGCUUAUUUGUAGUCGUUGUCCACGAAGCACAGGACCUGGAAGGGAAGCACCAUACAAAUCCAUCGGUGCGCUUGAUCUUCAGAGGAGAAGAGAAAAGAACCAAGGUUAUUAAGAAAAACAGAGAUCCUAGAUGGGAUGAGGAGUUCCAGUUCAUGUUGGACAGGCCACCUACGAAUGAUAAGAUGCAUGUCGAAGUUGUGAGUACCUCAUCGAGAAUGGGUCUGAGGCAUCCAAAGGAAUCUCUGGGAUAUGUGGACAUACCUUUAGUGGAUGUGGUGAACAACAAGAGAACUAAUGAGAGAUACCACCUUAUUGACUCCAAGAAUGGGAGGCUUCAGGUUGAGCUACAAUGGAGAACUUCAUCUUGAUGAGGGUAGUGCAAGAUUGAUUACCAGUCAAGUUUUGUGCAUGAAUUUUCUUGAUACAAAAAUGUCUAUUCAACUUGUAUGUUUCUGCUGUCAAAGGAACAUGUUCCUAGGUUUCUAUUAACCUCUUUUUGUGAGUAUACACACACAGCUUCUCUUUGUCUC